AGUUGCAUUCUUAUUGUGACCCGCGUAGCAAAGGUAACUAUAGAGCGGCGCGGCCCGGUCUGUUGUUAGAUGCUCCAGGCUACGAAUCGUUAAUGAGAGCCUAAUCGGCAUUGUAACGCAAACGUCGGUAUCGGAAUCGGUACUGGUAUUGGUACUGCUACUGCUACUGUUAUUAGAAGUAAGCUAAAGUAUCGCGUAGUGUUAUUUCUCCAAGUGGAGCAGCAACCGAGAUUCCCCUACAUAUUUAUGUAAAUAAGUUUAUCUAAGUUUAUCGCGUUCCGUUCCGUUCACGUUCACUUGUAAUAAUUAACAAAUAUUCCGCGCAUUGCGCAAAGUGAAAAUGUGCAAAAGUGUUGGCCAAUACAUAUGUGGAAUUGAAAGCGGCAAAUACGAAAUGAACAAGUGAAUUAAAACAAAGGCGGAUGCUCAGCUUCAUUUAUGUUUGUGCAGUUCGAGUCCCCAUGACAUCGCCAACAAAAGGGAUCCCCCUUCAAUUCACAGUUAACAUCUGCACAGAUUCUUGAGCUUAGUCUGUUUCCCGCGGUGUGGACGCAGCGUGAGCGUGAAGUCAAAAGUCGGCAAACUGCGCUAUUCUCGAAAAAUUUCUGUGUAGGCAUUUUAAAUAAUCAAUUAUGUUUACGUUGCAACCAACACCGACGGCCAUCAGUACUGUAGUGCCCCCAUGGUCUGCGGGAACGCUCAUUGAGCGCCUACCAUCUCUCGAGGAAAUGGCUCACAAGGACAAUGUGAUUGCGAUGAGAAAUCUGCCUUGUUUAAGUUCCGCAAGUGGUAGUGGACUAGGCGGUAUUGGUGGAAAAUCUGCUACUGCGAUGGAAGCCGUGGAUGCGACCACAGGGGCGCAACCCCAUUCGACAUCGUCGUAUUUUACCACAACUUACUACCACUUAACUGAUGACGAAUGUCACAGUGGAGUAAACCAGUUGGGCGGUGUUUUUGUUGGUGGACGACCAUUGCCUGAUUCAACGCGCCAGAAAAUUGUUGAGCUCGCGCAUUCCGGAGCUCGGCCAUGUGAUAUUUCUCGGAUUCUACAAGUUUCUAAUGGAUGCGUUAGCAAAAUUCUAGGCAGAUAUUAUGAAACCGGAAGCAUUCGACCACGCGCCAUCGGUGGAUCCAAGCCACGGGUCGCUACGGCUGAAGUCGUUAGCAAAAUUUCGCAAUACAAACGCGAGUGCCCGAGCAUUUUUGCCUGGGAAAUUCGAGAUAGAUUACUGCAGGAGAACGUUUGCACCAACGACAAUAUUCCAAGUGUUUCAUCGAUAAAUCGAGUAUUAAGAAACUUGGCGGCACAAAAGGAGCAACAAAAUUCCGGAACGAGUAAUUCAAGUACAAACACUAGCACCAGCGCCAAUCCUACAGUAAAUGUAAAUGGUACUGCUACCAGUGCGCAGAGCCAGAGUGGAACUAGAACCACACUGAGCUCGGGAGGCGAUUUGAUGCAAACAGCCACGCCUUUAAACUCUUCCGAAAGCGGCGGAGCCAGCAAUUCUGGCGAAGGCAGCGAACAGGAGUCUAUUUAUGAAAAGCUCCGUCUCCUCAAUACUCAGCAUGCAGGUGGAUCGUUGGAUCCAGCCAUAGCCAUCUCGUCACCGAACCAUUUUGGAACCAAUCCCCAUUCCAGUCAUCCCCAGCUGGUGCACAGCCAACAGCACCAACAGGCAUCGCAGCUUCAACAGGCAAGCUGGCCUCCACGCCAUUAUUCAACUGGAUCUUGGUACACCUCCCCUCUAAACGGCAGUGAAAUACCGAUCCCAGUGUCAUCCGGCUCCGGUAUGACUUCAGUGGCUGUAUAUGCCCCAGGUUCAACGACAUCUCAGCCCUUGAGUCCACCCAAUUUAGCCGGCGGUGGGAACCACAACCACUUGAGCAACUGCCCCAUGACCACUGACGACAUUCUUCUAAAAAAAGAGCUUGACGGACAUCAGUCGGAUGAAACGGGUUCCGGUGAAGGGGAAAACUCCAAUGGCGGCGCCUCCAAUAUAGGAAACAGCGAGGAUGAUCAGGCUCGCCUUAUACUUAAACGGAAACUGCAACGUAAUCGCACUUCCUUUACAAAUGAGCAGAUAGAUAGCCUAGAAAAAGAGUUUGAACGCACACAUUAUCCGGAUGUUUUUGCUAGGGAACGCUUGGCUGGUAAGAUUGGUUUGCCGGAGGCAAGAAUACAGGUUUGGUUUUCAAACCGUCGUGCUAAGUGGCGCCGCGAAGAGAAGUUACGAAAUCAGCGCAGGACACCAAAUUCUACGGGAACAAGUGGAACGUCGUCUUCAACUUCAGCAAAUGCGUCUUUAACCGACAGUCCUAAUAGUCUCGGGGCUUGCUCCUCGUUGCUAUCGGCCAAUUGUCCCUCAGGAAACACAAUCAACGGGUUAGCGUCGCCAAACACGUUGUCGACGCCGGCCGUGGGUGGUGUUGAAACCACUGACAGUCCCACACCAACGCUGCAUCUAAGAUCCGUUGGAAACUCCGACAGUGCUGGUGGGCAACCACAAGAAGAUGGCAGCGACGCUUGUUCGCCUGGCCUAGGGAUCUCCGGGCAACAUAGUACCCAUCAUCACCUUGCACAUGCCCAUGCCCAUGCCCAUGCACAUUCGCAUCCGCAUACGCACACUCACUCGCACGCUCUUCCUGCCAUUUCGCCGCGCCUAAAUUUCAAUAGCGGAAGUUUCAGCAGCUCUAUGAGUGCGAUGUACUCGAAUAUGCACCAUCCCGCAUUGUCGAUGGGAGAUAGUUACGGUUCUAUUACACCAAUGCCAAGCUUUAGCCAUUCAUCGGUGGGACCUCUGGCCCCUCCAUCGCCCUUAUCACAGCAACGCGACCUUACGCCCCCUUCGCUGUAUCCGUGCCACAUGACCCUGCGACCACCACCGAUAGCUGGGCCACAUCAUCACCUAUCUCCGAAUGAUGCUGGAAACAGCGGUAAUGUACAUUCAUCGAAUUUAGGAGCAAGCAACAAUGGAACCGGAUACGAGGUAAUCUCCUCAUAUGGCUUAGCACCACCGCCGCUGCCAUCUGGUGGUGCAGCUGAUGGCAUUUCGUCCGCCACCGCCAAUAUCGCCGUUUCUUCUCAUCAAAUUAUGGAGCCACGUCAGUCCCCUUGCAGUCCACAGCAUUUGGGAGCUUCUAUUCACAGUUCUGGAUUUGCUACCGAGGCAAUUUCGAGCGCUGUUCCUUCAUACGCGCACAUGAGCUAUAACUAUGCGACGGCUGCCAAUAAUGUGCCUCCCUCUGGCGGUAGCAACCCAGUACCUGGUCUCAAUUCACAUGGAGCCAGUGGAAAGCAACAGUUUUUUGCCUCUUGUUUCUAUUCACCUUGGGUCUAG